AUGUCGUCGCCAUCAUCCUCUGAUUUCAUCCCAGGGACCGUCCAUCUAGUCGAUCUUGAUAGCACAAUAUCAUCCCGUCACGCUAAAGGUGCGAGCCGUGAUGUGGUGCUCAUCCCCACACCCUCAGACGACCCUGAUGACCCCUUGAACUGGAGCCCAAGGAGGAAGCUCCUCUUUCUCAGCUGCAUUUGCGUUUACUGUCAGGCAGUCGGCAUCGCCUCUGCCGCGAUAUACUCGGUUCUCGUGCCCAUUUCAGACGCCACAGACCUAACAGUUGCCGAUCUGAACUCUGGAACUGGCUACAUGUUUCUCGCGUUCGGCUGGGGCUGUCUGAUCUGGCAGCCCUUGGCUCAGAAAUUCGGUAAACGUCCAAUAUACCUGCUAUCGUCGUUGGGAAGUAUGGGUACAAUGCUGUGGGCACCCUACGCGACGACCAACGGCCAGUGGAUUGCGAACAAAGUCGUCCAGGGUCUAAUUGGCGCCCCUAUCGAGUCUUUAUGCGAGGUCUCCAUCGCCGACGUGUACUUCACUCAUGAACGAGGCACAUAUGUCGGACUCUACGCCCUCUUUCUAGUUGGCAGCAACUUCCUCGCACCUGUCAUCGCGGGCUUUAUCAAUGAUGGUCAGGGAUGGGAAUGGGUUCUCCACUGGUGCGCUAUCUUCUGUGGCGCCGCGUUCAUCAUUCUUCUAUUUUUCAUGGAAGAAACAAACUUUUGCCGCUCAGCCACUACCGCAGCAACUCCUCCCAGUCCUAGCAACAAUACGUCCAGUGCGCCAUCUCUCAAUGACCCAACAUCAACCUCAGACGUGGAGAAAAACACCCAACCACAAACGCAAGGCAUAGAUACAGCCCAGGGUGAGAUGGAAACAUUAUCCAAGAAGAGCUUUCUCCAGAAGAUGAAGCUUGUCCGACGCGAAGACCUGCAAACCAAAGUCCCCGUGACAGGAAUGGUCUUGCGGCCUCUGAUCUACUUCUCCUUUCCCAUAGUCGUGUUCUCAGGCUUCAUGUACGGGGCCACGGUCUGCUUCUUCAACGUGCUAAACGGCACCGCGUCGCUGAUCUUGUCGAGCGCGCCGUAUAACUUCUCCGCUAGUAUCGUCGGUCUAUCAUACGUUUCAUGCCUGAUUGGUGUGGUUAUCGGAUCAAUUUACGCAGGCCCGGUCGGCGAUAAAUUCAUCCUUUGGCAAGCGCGCCGAAACAAUGGGAUCAUGGAACCCGAGCAGCGUCUCUGGCUCUACGCCGCACUGCUCAUCGUUCUGCCCGGGGCGCUGCUCCUCUGGGGCGUAGGCGCCGCGCACGAGGUCCACUGGUUCGGUCCGGUUUUUGCAAUGGGUGCCCUGGCUGCGGCAAUGACAGUCGGCUGCGGAUUACCCAUCAGUUACUGUAUCGACUGCUACAAGGACCUCGGCGCGGACGCAAUCGUCACCGUCAUCCUGAUCAGAAAUACGAUGAGUUUUGCGGUCAGUUACGGCAUCACACCCUGGGUAGAGAAUCUAGGCUAUCAAAACGCUUUCCUCAUAGCGGCCUUUGCUGGGCUUGCUCAAACGGCGGUAUUUUUCGUCUUUGUGAAAUGGGGUCGACAAUUUCGGAAAACGAGUGUUGCGCAGUAUUGGAAAUACGUCCAGCAGCUCAAAGACGAUGGAUUGCUGCACUGA